AUGUUUAUGCGGUUUCAGUUUCCAAAAAUGUUUUAGCUUUUGAAUUAUUGAAGCUGUGCAGUAAUCGGAUGAGUGUCGUGCGAAUCUAUGAAUAUAAGAUGCUUCUCAUGUAGUACCAAGUUUCAUCAUGUAACAUUUUCAUCGUGAAGUGGAAUUUUCUUGCUUGAACUCGUGAACAAUUGAUAUCCGUCAGCAUGACUUACAUGGAAUUUUUUGGCUGCGCUUCAGUUGCCUUCGGGCCAGCCUUAGCUAUGUUUAUUUUCACUAUUUCGAAUGAUCCAGUCAGAAUAAUUAUAUUGAUAGCAAGUGCAUUUUUUUGGUUGCUAUCACUUCUAAUCUCUUCAUUUAUAUGGCUCUUAUGGCCUUUCAAAUCUUUCCUCUUUUUUGGUGUGACUUGCUCCGUCAUUUUCCAAGAACUUUUUCGUUAUCUUUUGUACUCAGUUCUUUGCAAGGCAGAAGAGGGUUUAAAAAGAGUAUCCAUGCCAGGUACUCAAAUGAGCAGCAACAAACAAGCACUGUCGUAUGUCGCAGGGCUGGGUUUUGGAUUGAUGAGUGGAGCGUUUUCUUUAGUGAACAUUCUCGCGGAGGUUAUUGGCCCAGGAACAAUGGGGCUUCACAAGGGAGAUCCUGAGGACUUUUGCAUCAUCUCAUCGACCAUAACAAUGUGUUUUAUCUUCCUUCACAUAUGCUGGGGUAUCAUUUUCUUCGAAGCCAUCGAUAGGAAGAACUACGCAAUGUUCACCUACGUAUUAUCAACCCACCUUUUAGUUUCGUAUGUCACAAUGUUAAAUGCAAGUAGACUGUAUUGGCUUUCCAUGUCAGUUAUUCUCGUAGUUGUCAGCAUGUCUGCAUCUGUUGCCUUCAUCAUCUCUGGAGGAUCUGUGGGGAGCCUAAAAGCAAUAGCCUCUAAGAGCUCUAGACCUCUAACUGUUCAAGCUGACUGAUGAUUCGUCAGUUAACUGGCGGCCUUAUACAUUGUUAUUGCAAAUUGCCCAAUAAUUUUUUCAAACCCUCAAUGAGCUGUAUGGAAAGUCCUUUAGUGUUUAAAAUUGUCAGGAUUCAAUAGAAUUGAGGCAUAUUGUAAAGAAAUAAAUUUUUCUUUCAUCACUUGUAGUGUUUUCACAACAAAGUUUCUCCGAAAAAAUGUUUCACUCAAAACUUUUUUUUAAAAAAAAAAACAAAUAAAUCUCAGAUUAUCCCAGCAUCUUUGACUAUACUUACUUUUAAUCGUCAGAUAGUACAUGAAUCUUAGAAUCUAUUUUUAGAGAUUUAUUCUCCAACCUCUUUCUACCAGAAAUGGUCGAAAUGUUCGUGAACAUUCCUAACCUAACCUAACAUAAGUCUCAUUGUCACUAAGACUCCUAGAGAAAGAAACGGAGGUAUUCGUAUCUUUAAGAUUGUUUACCCUGUGAUGUAGGUCAGUACAACAUGGCCAGCAAAAUUCGGAAUUCGAAGCAUGAGAAACAGACCAUAAUGUCCAAUUUUUUAGCUUAAAUCAACUCAUGAUAUAAUUUCAAACUUUACAUAGAAAGACUUUUUCCUCUAAACCACACCAUUUCCAAGAAAAUCGAUCCUAUAAAUCAUCCGUACUGACCUACAUCAUCAAAAAAAUCCAAGAUGCCGGAAGAGCACACACCUCCUUUUUUUUCUCUACGACGAAGAGUGGACUCUUUCUAUAAAAGUGUGAAUAAUUAACUUCAAAUGUACAUUAUAUUGAACUAUAUUGAAGAACAGUAUUUAUCUAGAAUAAAAUAAAUUCUGAAGACAUUUUUUGGGCUCUCCAAAUUUGUCUCUGAAACUGCAAAUAAUGUCCUUAAAAUUCUUAGUUCUUUGUAACCAUCUAUGUUUCACAUGUACCUCCUGUUUUGGGAGCUCUUUUCACUUUGCUGUGUGAUUAUUUUUUGUUUUUCAUCAAAUGUGGAUGUUUGAACUAGCUUUCUGAUGUUUUAAGUAAUAUUAAGGGCAGCAAUCCAAGCAUACAAAAAUCAAAACUCUGGAAAUUGAAGUUGCUUAUCGCCAUCCGCCUACCAACAUCUCAGAAUUUCGAAAUUUUACCCACUAUUUUACAGAGAAACUCUUGCAUAUUUUCCUGCAAAAAUUUAUGUUAGUUUUUUCAUCUCUCAAAAAAAAAAAAAAAACUGACGUUUGCAAAGUUGUUUCUAUUGAAAUGUAUGUCUUGCGUCUGUCGAAAUUCUGUACCACUGCAGUGGAACAUGAGUUCUUAAUUGAUCUAUUUUUACCUUAAGGAAAUAUAAGAGCUUGCAAACUAUUUUAUUUGAGGUUGAAUUUUUUUGAAAUAUUCUCCAUAUUCAGAGUGUGAUAUUUUAACAUCCUCCAAAAGAAUAGAUUAGUAUAUUCCUAAAAAUUAUGUGGAUAUUUUAAAGAACUAGUUUCUAAUAAAUGAGUAAAAAACGUU